AUGGGGAGGGUGGGGGGCCCCUCUUUAUUUAAUUUGCUUAGGAUGGGGGAGCUCCCUGUUGAUUCAGCUGAUAGGCCCGUUGACCCCCCAAGGGUUAUUCGCAUAGAGGUGCUGAGAAACCCCUUUCAGGACAUGGUCCCCAGGGUGCUGCAGCAGCAGGAAGAGGAGGAGGGAGAGGAAGAGGAGAAGGCGGAGGAGGAGAAGAGGCCGCAGCUUGCGGUCGCCAAGGCGGCGCUUUUGUCUUUUGCAGAGGAAGAUGAAGACCUACAGCUGCAGCAGCAGCAGCAGCAGCAGAAGCAGCAGCAGCAGCAAAAGGGGCCCCUCAGUGCCCACGAUUUGCUGCAGGACCCCAGACUCUCGAAGGAGGCUCCCGUGGAAUCUUAUCAGCAGCAGCAGCAAGCAGAAGCACAACGCCUUAAGGAGCGCAUCGCCUCUCUUGUUGCGGGGAGUAAGGGGGGCGCAGCACCAGCUGCUGCUGCCGACGAGAUAUACGAUAGCGGCAGCAGCAGCAGUAGGAGCAGCAGUAGGAGCAGCAGCAGGGGCAGCAGCAGGAGGAGUAGGAGCAGGAGCGGUAGCCGCAGCAGAGGCAGCAGCAGCAGCAGCAGCACCAUGGCCGUGCGUAAGGGGCUCCCUCUUCCCCCCACACGCAAAGAUAUUGCUGCUGCUGCUGCUGCACUCCCUGAUUCAAAUCUGCUGACUGCUGCAGAGCAGCGGCGGCGGCUGCUACUGCUGCAGCGGCAGUCGCGCAGCUCACAGCUGCGGCAAGCAGACACCCUCGAGAAGCUCAAGGCCUUCAGACAGCAGGUAAAACCCUAA